UGAAAGUCUCGAGGCCCCAAUUACAAACGAACAAACACGAACUUCGGGUAAGAGCGUGCCUCGCUCGCAGGCUUCGCGAGUCCCGAACGAUCGCGAGAUUCUUGAAGGAGUUUUCUCUCAAAACAAAGAUGGGUUCGUGUUAUAGCACACUGAGCGGGUAUAUACGUCGCUGGUGGCGCAACCGUUGCGUGAGGAGGAGCACACUGGUCGCUCUCCGGAUAAGGGUGUUCUACGGUGUCUGCAACGUGUACGGGACGGUCCCAGAAUGGGUGUUCAGCAUCCCAGAUCUCCCUUACGUACGCAACACGAAGAGGGAGCGAGAGAGAGAGCGACACACACGUACCUACCGCUGGCUGGCUAUCCUUGGCGCUCUGUGUGUGUGUGUGUGUGUGCAGGUGCAGCUAUGCGCGGUGGCGAAGCACCUCGGAGAAAACGGGGAGCUGGCGGACGACGACGCGAAAGGGGCGUUCAGGGCUGCGGUAAGAUGUCAACCCCGACAGACAGGGCAAACAGACAGGAGAAUGUGUACGUCGUAUGUGUGUUGUGUGUGCGCAGGUGGUCCGCAUGUCGUGCCAAGUUCGGUUCAUGCGUGUGUAUUGGGCCAGGACGAUUCGGGGAGAACCCUUCGGCCAGUACGCAGUGGCACUCACCCGCCAACCCACCCACCCACCCCAUGCGCAAGUGUCAAUGCUGGCGCUUACUUGUGUCCUUGUGUGUGUGCGCUCAUGCAUGCAUUCAUCCAAACAGGGAAAUGGAGAAGACGCUGCCGAAACCGCCCCACUACCCCGACAUCCUCAAUCGCCCCCUAUCGGAGGCCAUUUCAAUAUGUAGAGAGAAUGGCCCUGGGAGAGGCCAGGUCGAGGACGCGCCAGGUGGACUGGGUCUUAGGGAAUACAAGUGACGCGUUAGUCGGCUCAUUUCUACUGGGUGCAUUUGUACAGAAUUGUGAUGAGAGAGGUUGUGAGUGCAUUUGAGCUCGCUCCAUAUGUGUCCAUGUGAGCGGACCGUGCGCCGAAGUGGAUGGCCUGGUGGAGAUACAUGCGUCAUGUAUGAAGCGUCUUGGCGACAGCACUCCACACUCACUUGAG